AUGGCCAACGGAGAGCCCAUAUUUUACGAAGAUGAUGAUUUCUUCUACGGCGAAGAUCUUGAUGAGGAGGAAGAGGUACAUACUCCAAUGAUGAUUGAAGUGGACACAACAGAGCAUUUUCAGAAUGAGAAGGUUUUUCAAGAUAAAGAGACUGUAAUUGAUUUUGCAAGGAGAUAUGGUUGUACCCAUGGAAUUGUAGUUAUAGUGAAAAGGUCUGAUCUCAAUGAUCCAAAUAGAACCCCUAGGAUUUUAUUUGGCUAUGAGAGAAGCGGUGGUUACAGGGGUACUGCUGCUGUGAAGAAAAGGAAGACAUCAACAAAGAAAUGUGGAUGCCCAUUCUUCCUCAAAGCACAUGUGGUGGACGUACUGACUGGUUCAUGGAAAUUGGUGGUUGUUAAUGGGAAGCACAAUCAUACACUGGUAAGAACUUUUGAAGGUCAUUCAUAUGUUGGUCGUUUAAAUAAAGAAGAGAAGGAUACAGUAGAAAGGCUUAGCAAGACAGGGGUUAGGACAAGAGACAUUUUGAAUCACAUUAAGCUGAAGGAUCCAACAAAUGCAUCAAAUAUGAAGACAAUGUAUAAUGUCAAAACUGCUUUGAGAAUCCAUGAGACAGCAGGAAAAUCACAUAUGCAGCAGUUAUUCAAAUUACUAACUGAGCAUGGUUAUGUCACCAUGCAUCGAUUUGAGACAACAACUAAGAUUGUGGGUGUGACCUCUACCAAGAAGACUUUCUCUGUUGCUUUAUGUUACAUGUGUGUAGAGAAAGAAGAGAACUACAUAUGGGCAUUAGGUUGCUUCAGAGACUUGUGUGAUGGUGUCCUGGCUAGUAUUUUCAUAUGUGAUAGGGAGAUUGCACUGAUGAAUGCACUGAAGAAUGUGUUUUCAGAUGCUAAAAAUCUACUAUAUCGAGUACAUAUAUCCAAGAAUGUGUUGAGCAAUUGUGUUGGUAUGUUUAGACUCAAAUAUGAUCUUGAUGAUUUCAUGGCUUGCUGGUCUAAUGUGAUGCGGGCCUCUACAGAGAAUGAGUAUGAAGAGGUAGUGAGAAAGAUGCAAACUGAGUUUAAAGACCAUCCAAGAGUUUUGAGCUAUGUUAAUAACUCAUGGCUCUUUAAGUACAAGACUUACUUUGUGGCUGCAUGGGUUGAUAAGUUCUUUCAUCUCGGCAAUACUACUACUAAUAGAGUUGAAAGCAGUCAUUCGAAAUUGAAUAAGUACCUAUCCAACUCAGUUGGUGGUUUUGUCCAGUCUUUCAACAAGAUAGACCUACUGUUGCAGGGUCAAGUGGUUGAUAUCAAAGCUUCAUUUGAAGAAAGUCUCACAAGAGUUCCAAUUCGUUUUAAGACAUAUUUGUACAAAGAAUUGGUGAACAUGGUGUCUAUUGCUGCAUCGGAUAAAAUAGAAUAUGAGUUGGCUUCUGUUGGUGAACAUUGUAUAAGUGCUGGCAUUUGCAAUCACAACACUGUCACUGCAUUUGUCUUGCCAUGUGCCGAUAUGCUAUCACAAUAUAGAUCUGAAGGGAGGAGUAUUCCACUCACUGAUGUUCAUAAUUAUUGGAAGAAAUUAUGCAUUCAACCGUUCAGUGAAGACCCCAAAGAUGAGGUGACAAUUGAAACUAAGAUUGAAAUUAUAAGAAGAUUAUUUGCAAAUGCAAAUCUACCUCAAAAGUUGGAGAUGAAGAGGCAGCUUCAAACUUUAGGCAAGCCAAGCAAUACUUCUCUAUUAGAGCCAAAACCCAAGGUCAAUGUGAGGGGGAGAAAGAAGGGACAGAGGGGGUAG